AAUACAUCUGUAAGAUGAACUAGAGAGGACUAUAGUUUAUCCUAGACCAUGAUACAGUUUACUAUCCUUACACUUGCUUUUAUCCAACCUUUCAUCCGACCUAGUUUAUGUUAUGGAGAUCUAGAUCAAGAAAUAGUUGGAGACAUUUUUGGAACUCCGAAGGGUAUAUCCUCUGACUUAUGUAUACCAGCUGGUGGGUUAGAAGUAUGUUCAGGAAACGGAAAUUGUUUGUUCGGUAGUUGUAAAUGUGCCGAAGGAUGGAGUGGUCAAUUUUGUUCAAUUUGCCAGAAUUGUCGAGCAGCUUCGACUGAUACCUGUGAGAAGGUUCGAGGAUGUGUUGAGGGUGUUGUAUUUGAUCAAUAUUGGAAACAUUUUAAAUCAGCUUAUGAAUGCACAACUAAAUGCACUGGAUAUAAUUUCAUCAACCCAUUAGCAGAUGUAGACUGUGUAUGCCCAGCUAACUAUGACCCAGUGUGUGGACUAGAUGGGAAAACCUACAGUAACAGCUGUGAAGCACAGUGCCAGGGUGUCGCUGAAGAAUGUGCCAGACAAUGUCCUUGUCCUAACUCAGGUUCUGUUUGUGAGUUCCAUAAAAACCUUGAAGGAGACUCUAUCUGCCCUCCUUACAGAUAUAAAGUUCAACCAAGGGCAGAUUCUGUAAUAGACGUCUUAGUUUACAGACCUCCUUGCUUGGCUGAUGACCUUGAGGUGAAUGUAGGAGUGUGGAAAGGAGAGACUGCUGUCAAGAUUGAAGAAGAUGUAGAGUAUACAUAUCCUAAUGGUUGGGGGAUUCUCAGUUACAAACCAGAGGAUGUUCUUAAUAGGGAGGAGUUUAAAGGAGAGAUGAAAUACGGAGUAAGGGAAGGACACGGAACCCUAUACUGGAAGGACGGAUCCUACUAUGCUGGAGAGUGGAAGGGAGACGCCAAGGAAGGAGAAGGAACAAUGUUCUACUCUAAUGGUGAUAUCUACACUGGUCAAUGGACUCUAGAGAAGAAAAAUGGCGAGGGAAAGUACAUGUACUCUAAAGGUGGGGAGUAUACCGGAGUAUUUAAUAGUGGCCGGAAGAGUGGCUCCGGUAGGAACUAUGUAAUGAUCCCGGAGACAGAUUGGGAAUAUUUUGACGGAGAUUAUGUGGACGGAUCUAGGAAAACCGGAGUAUACAAUACUUCUCUAGGUUAUACAUAUUCAGGAGAUUUCUCUACAGCAUCCGGAAGUUAUAACGGAACCGGAAGCUAUAUCUGGGCUUGUGGUAGGAAAUAUCAAGGAAACUUUAUUAGUGGAUUACCGAGUGGUCAGGGGGUUCUAACAUUCCCUCAGGGUUGGGUUUACACCGGAGCAUUUUGUGCUGGAAAAUUCCAGGGAUACGGAAAAUUUACCUGGAGUGAAAACCAUUAUUAUCAGGGAGAGUUUCUUGAUGGGAAAAUGACUGGUGUUGGUGUUUACGCAUUCGCUGACGGAGGACUUUACGAUAAUGCGUCAGGACUUUAUUAUCCAGACAGGAACAAUAAAUCUGUGUUCAAAGAGGGGCAUUUUGACGGAAAUAUUCUUCGUGUUAAAAAGAGUUCAAAUCAAGCUCAGAGGAAACCUUUAUAUGGAAACUAGAUCUUUACUCUACAGUCUACAUACAGUUUCAAUAAUAAAUAAUACAUCACAACUUC